AUGCAUCUUAACCUCCACUUCCGCUUGUCAUGGCAAUGCCGAGCCAAGGAGUCUAUAGGUUUCUGGGGCGGCUUGAUCCCCUUCCGGAUCGCCCGUCGGCAAUUCGGUAGUGGAUUCGGCGGCGGCGGCUUUGACGGCGGCAACCGUCGCUUUAGGAACGGUGGUGGCGGCGGCGGCUUUGGUAGCGGUGGCUUCGGCGGCAACAACAACGAUAAUGACAACAACAAUAAUGACAACAACAAUAAUAACAACAACGAUGAUGAUAACAACAAUGAUGAUAACAACAAUAACGGGAACAACGACAACAACAACAACAAUGAGCCCAACAUACAGGAAACCCCGACAGAAGCACUGGAAAUCACGUGGCGGCUCACGGAGCGUCUGGAACCACAACUCUCCAACGCUCCCAACGAUCCAAGAAUAUAUGGCUAG